AUGACUACCCUCAAAGCUGGAGAUUCCUUCCCCGAGGGCGUGGCCUUCACCUACAUUGCUCCGGCCCCGGAGACUAGCGAGUUCUCUGCCUGUGGUAUGCCCAUCAAGUACGACGCAAGCAAAGAGUUCAAGGACAAGAAGGUUGUCCUGUUCGCUCUCCCAGGCGCUUUCACCCCAACAUGCUCGGCCUCGCAUGUCCCCGGCUACGUCGCGAAGCUUGCCGAGUUCAAGGCCAAGGGUGUUGAUCAGAUCAUCUGCCUUGCUUACAACGAUGCCUACGUCAUGUCCGGCUGGGGCAAGGCAAAUGGCGUUAAGGAUGAUUCAAUUCUGUUUAUGUCCGACGAGGGUGCCAAGUUCAGCAAGAGCAUUGGCUGGAUCGCGGGAGAGCGCACCAACCGCUACGGCAUCAUCAUCGAUCACGGCAAGGUUGUCUACGCUGAACUGGAGCCUCACCUUCAGGCUCUUGAGGUUUCCAGCGCCGACGCUAUCCUAGCCCAGCUUUAA